UACUAAUUGACGGGAAAGUGCAUUGCAGUGACCCGACUCUCCGUUUAGACAUCAAUAUAUUAUAAUCAAAGAUUUUGUAGUGUCUAUAUUGUCUAUGUACGGUAUUUUUGUUAUUAAGUAUUUUGUGGCAGUAUGAAUUGUUACAAUGCCUUUAAAAAAAAGAAAAAAAUAAUAUUUCCCGCCAUUUGCCUUUGGCGUGGUGGAUGAUCCAGGUUCCAGGUGCAUUGUGACUUUUUUAAUUAUUGAAUUUACUUAAAACUUAAAACAUGGAAGAAAUAAACGAUGUGCAGGCGUUAGAAAAAAUAUCCAGCGAAGUUGACGAAUCUCAAAUAAAAGUUAUUCUUUCGAGUCAAUGCAUUAAAGCUCAAGCGUUUUUACUCGAUAAGUUGAAGAAGCAAGCUGAACGUCACAAGGAGACCUGCGGCUUUAUCAGCAGCGCCAAUCUGAAACUGGAAGCCGAAAUCAAACAGGCAGAAUUGGAAAUAAACAGUAUGCAAAUAGCCCAAGAGACUAUAAAAUGUGGUAAUGUUGAAUUGAAGAAAGAAUUGCUUUUGACUAAAGUACGCAAAACAGAUAUUAUUGAACGCGUAGAAGAGGGUAAAAAGAAGUACGAAGCUAUAUGGCAGGAAUGUAAAGCUAGGUACGAGAGCAUUCCAUUCGUACAAAAGCUACUUAAUGCCCAGGGUAAGGUUCAAACGCUAAAUAACGACAUUGAAGCUCUUGAUAAGGAAAUAAUAACGCUUUUUGAGACAAUGAAAACUCAACGCCAAAGUUGUUUAACUUUGGACAAAAAACGUUGCAUAGAAUUAGCUAACUUUGUGGUCAAUGAAAUGCCAAACAUCAGAACCAACAUCAAUGACCAAACUAAGAAUAUCAAUGAAGUAACAAAACAAAUUGAAGAGCAUAUUAUUAAGCAAAAGUCUACAGUAACAACAUCAGUCGUGGAACCAGAAAUUGUAGAUAAUAUUGAAAUUCAAACUAAAGAUUUAGUCAAAAAUGAUAAAUUGGAUAUAAGUGAAGACGAUCCUUUGAUACCGAGAUUAGAACUGACUAAUUUAGAUCUCGAUAUUAUAGAUGUUGAUGUGGAACGGGCUAAAAUGUUGAAUGAAGAAAUAUCCAAAACCAUACCAUCGACAGCGGAUGCUACGGAUAUUUUGGGCAUUAAUGCCAUCAAACCAUACAAUGACGACAACAAAGCUUUCGAAUAUGUAAUUUCGCCGUAUUUUAAUUUGUAUAAAGACAAGGAAGCACACAACUUCUCUAAAAGGAAGUUGAUUAACAUCCUUGAAGAUGUUCAGAUAAAUAAUGAAGAAGUGUACAAUAUUGUGAAGAAGGUGAAUCUGGAAAAUCUUAGGACGAUUAAUGAAAUUCCUUUAGGUGGAAAUAAAAACGUUCCAGAGGAAAAAACUGUUUCAAAGGACAGGGCCACGCCGAUUGAGAGUGAUAAUAUCGAAGAAGUAGAUAUUACUGGUUCGAAUGCAGACAUUUUAAUACCACCAACACAAUUUUUGGAUAUCACAUUGACGACUUCACAGGAUGGUUUACAGAAGAAGAGAGUUUCGUUUGACAUUCCUUCAUCAGUUAAAAUAAAUGAAAUAAUAGAAGAGGAAGGUAAAAUAAUUAAUAAUGAUGAAAAUGACGCAAUAAAUCAAACUAUUAAUAGUCAGUUGGAUGUGAGUGUGGCCAGUGAGGAUAGUUUUAUGAAGAUACAAGAUAUGAUAAUAAAGAAACAUAAUUUAGAUCUUUCGCCACAAUUCGUCUAUGCAAAAAAUUCUGUACUGCAAAAGAAAGAUGAUGUAAUUGUUAAGUCCAAGUUUUUCCAAAAUGAGAAUCUUGGGUCGAAUGUAGUUUCGGAAGUUACAAUGGAUGUAGGUGAAGAACCAUAUACCAUGAAAAAUGAUUUACAAUCUGACGAAAACCUUAAAAUUUCUAAAAAUACGGCAGAGCUGAAUGUUGGACAAAACAAUAAUGUGGCAAUGGAUGUUGAUGAUAUAGUAGUUUCCAGUCCCAAGGAGAGUAAGAAACAUGAAAAUCCACCUGCAUCAGAUAAAGCAGUGGCUGGAUUGUUAUUUACUCAUGGAACACAAGCAAUACCAGAUUCACUGAAUGCAUCCAUGAGCACAACUGGAUUCGAAGAUUCAGACUUCCCACAUUGCAUUGAUUCAAGUCUUCUUCUAUCACCUAAAGCCGAUAUACCUUUAAGUGGUGAUAAUGAUGCACAAUCACAGGAAGUUCCUAAUUUUCUUUCAGGAUUUCGCAAGGCAGGCUUGUCAUUCUUUGGAGGAGGAAACGCAAAUUCUACAGAACCUAAGCCAGAUUCAAGUGCACCAAACGAUGGAAAUAAUUUUAGUUUCAAUUUUGGUGGAGAAAAGAAAAAUAGAGGAGGCUUGUUUAGUUUAUUCAAUUAAUUAUUUUGGUUUUGGUUUCAAUAAAUUUCUUGUACUAUAGA